ACUUCUAUGCCCGAGCGACAGGGCAAGGACUCUUGGCUUUUCGAAGAUGAGAGGAGGGAGAUGGAGGAUGGAAAGAGCUCGAGUUGGGGUAGAACGACAGAAUGAAGACGGAAGCAAGACUGUAGAUUCAUAACCCACACAAACGUUGAUCGAUGCGCUUGCAAGGGCCAACCAGAAAGCGUUGAUGUUGAUUUGCUCUAGCUCAGCGAGGAGAAAGGCGUUCACGGUUGUCUUGUGUUGACACAAGACGCCAUGAAGUCUCACUCUGUCUGGCAAAUCCCUUGGAUAUUACUCCUGUUGCUGCGAUGCUCGUGUUCAGAAGAAAAUGAAACAAUCCAGCAUUUUUCUGUCACGCAGGUUUGGUUUCAAAGAGAUUGCUUGCAAUCAGGAUGCUGGAACGUCUUGUUGUCGCACGAAACAUCCGAGGAUGAAUCGGAGAAGCGUAUUUUCUUCCUUCCACGAUCAUCGAAUCCUGGAUUGUAUGAGGCGUCAGACCCCAAAAUGGAAAAGGAAGCGAAUUCUUUCCCCUGCAGACCGAAAUUUGGCAAACGGUCGUUGCGAGGCCUCUGUUGCUUGGAUACUCUUGGUCAAAAGUUCUGGAUGACAUCGGAAAUUGCGAGUGGCACGGACAAUGCAGAGAACAUUGACUGCACAGCUUCUAAGAUCAGGUCUGAGAGAGAAAGGUAUAGCUCCCCAAACGACAAAGGAAGAAUCAUCGGAUUGGACGUUUCAAGACUGAGAUAUCCGAAACCUGAUCGCUUGGCAUUUCAACUUGACUCCAAGGAACUGAAGAUGAAUGCUGCGCUGUCUCAUCAAGAGCACGGCGGUGAACACUCUCUCGAAACUUACAUCGGGAUGGCUACUUUCCAUACCAGAGAUCCAUUCACAUACGCAGGGAUUGUGAAAAAGUCUUUUAGCCUGUCGCAAACAGGGAUACUCCCUGUUCAACGAGGAACAUCACUACGAACUUCCUACGUCGACUUUGUGUCUGUUGUGCUGAAUCAGAUUGACCUCAACUCGGGAGCUUCGAAGCUGGAUUACAUCCAAGUCCUGGUCGUGUUAUCUUCGAGCUAUAUGUCGAAUGGAGAUAUCAUUCCGUUGAACUCAAUCUUUGUUGGGAAGGGUAAGAAUAUCAGCACAGUGAAUCUCACAAGCGCAUGCUCUAGUCAGGCAAACAAUUCAAUCUGGGAUGAUCAAAACUUGAGGGACAAGUUUUCAAACCUUGACUCUACCUGCGCACCGAUUCUUAAUCUCUGUCAGUUGAAACUUCAUCAAUCAGGAGGAAACUUCAUUUCAAUUGGAAUACCGCUUGGAGAAAAUUUCUUUACCUCAGACGACAUUGCCAAAUUACAAGACAUCUUCAUGGAGUUUACUGUCACUGCACAAGAUCUAAGCGGAAAUACUGUCUCAACGGAUCUUCAGGUCAUGAUCCCUUUGAUUGAAAACGGAUAUGUUUCUUGGUGCUCUGAAGCCAAAGCUGACAUUGUUAUUGGUUCAACAGAUCAAAUCGAUAACUUGCAGAAUGGCAAAUUGAUAGUUCUGGAAAACAUAUUAUUUCAAGCGAACCAGUCAUCUUCAAGGGAAUUGGUUGUAACAAAUUUUUCUGCUGCCAGUCCUGAGAGUGCUUUGGUCACUCUCGUUUUGCAAGGACAAGACAGCUUUUUCAACCUGCAGGGUGCAGCAAACAAUGUGCUCGAGCUUGUAGACGUCAUUUCUCUCCAUUUCCCAGAUUCCAGUGUCAUCUAUGAAGAAAUAAUGAGCCUGUUGAUGUCAGGCCAGGCACUCACGAUCGACAAGUCAGGGCUUCAUCCAACCAUGACACCGACUUCAGCACUCCUUGACCUGUGCAACACUGUAGCGAACUCAGGAUGCUUUUUGAGAUACGACAUGCAGGAUAUGAAUGUUAUCAAACAAUCCCCAGGGAUCUCGGGUGGGUGUGUUGAUACGACGAUUAUGGAAUUGAAUGGCACUGCGCAAAGCAUGGAACAAAACUCAUUCUUCCAAACCGUGUUUGGGACGUCUGAGUAUUCUAGAAAUCUGGGCAUACAGUAUGCUACAAUCGUUCAAGGAAAGUACCUCUUGAAUGGAAGAUACAAUAGAGCGUGGUGGUUCAAUCCCGCAAAUUGCUACAACCAAACGGUUACAUGGUAUCCUUCAAAGGUGGCUAUGAUUUCUCUGAUUAGUUUAUAUUCGCCUACAACUUCUCAGAGGAGGGUUGCCUUCGACGUGCAGUUGAGCACCGGGAAAAAUUCUUUUGGACUUGCACUCCCUGUGAAUCCAGCCGAGCAAGCUGCACGAGCCUUGGGAUUCUUGAAGAAUGGGGCCAUAGUCUACAACUUUCGCCUCGGGCUCUCGUUGGAAGAGUCGUCUAUGGAGCUGGUCAAGCUCAAGCAAAGCUUUCAAUCGCGUCUCUCCGUGGGGCUCUCGGAGCUGGGCGCCGUGCAGGAGGUCAGGAUCCUGGCGUUCCAUCGGAGCGGCUCCAUGACGUCGUCACAGUCGAGUGCUUCGGCCCCUACCGUCACGGCAGCUUUCUUCAAGGCGUUGAUCAUCUUCGUUGGACAAGAAGCCACCUUCAACGAGUCGACCUUGGUUGCUAUCCUUCCAGACGUCCACCUCAUCUCUUGCUCGGUGUCCACCGGAAUCUCCCGCACUCUUGACCCUCGACUGGAUCCUCCUGCCAACACAUCGGAUGCCUCCUCGUACGCCAAUGGCUCGGCGACUGGAGGGACCUGGAGCACGGUCAGCUCGCGAGUCCCUACGUCUGUGUACGGCUACAUCAUCCUCUCCUGUGGAGUAGUAGGCGUUGCUUGCAUCUCCGCCUUCUCCAUCAGGAGAUAUCGCGCAAGAGCACAGCAAGAUGCAAAGCUGGACGAGGGCCCGAAGGUUUCGGCUGUUGCUGAACUUGUGUACAUUGUGAACAUGAAGGACGUAGAGGAGCUGGCAGAUGUUGAAAGGGGGCAUGCGUGACCGGACGCGUGGAUUUGUUAACGAGAUUUAAUCUCAUGAUUCAAGUUUCUAUUGUACAGUAAAUCAAGGAUCAAAAUG